GUUUUUGCCCAUCAGCUGAAGGGAGGUAACUCUGAAUUUAUUUUUGGCAAAUGCCUUAUUUGGAGAGUGGGUGACCCGGAAAUAUUCCUGUACAUCGAAAGAAGAAGACUAGACGAAGAAAACACGAUCAGUUCCUAGAAUAAUAAAAAUAUUGGCUGGAGAAUCUGAGACGCCAGCGUAGAAGUUAUUUAACAAGCUGUGUCCUGCCAUCUGUAAUGGGAAAUUUGUUAAAAGUAUUAUGUCAGGCCGACUCCUCUGCUUCCAGAGACUAUGACAUUUUUGUUGACUUUGAGAGUGUUCAGCCAACAGAUGAAGAGAAAGCAGUGUGGGAAAAAGUACAGGCUGUUCUAAAUGAGAGUCAGUCAAUCCUACAUGAUAUACAACAGUAUACAGGAGCCACAGAGGACAUCAAACAGGCCAUUAGUAAUCCAACAAAUGAUGCCCUACAAGAAAAGGCAUGGGUGGCUGUAUGUCCUCUAGUGGGGAGACUGAAAAACUACUUUGAGUUUGCUAAUAAAUUAGAACACACUGUCCAUGAUUUGCUGGCAGUGCUAUGUUCAAUAGACAAAACUCCUAGGGAGCACUUGGAAACACAGCAGGCUUUGUUUAAACAGUUUGCACAGAUUUUAGACUUUGUACUUAAGUUUGAUGAUACAAAGAUGAUAAACCCUUCAAUACAGAAUGACUUUAGUUAUUAUCGAAGAACACUAAGUCGAAUGAAAAUGGCAAAUGAAGAUGACAACAAAGGCAAUGAGAAUGUUGUUUCUAAUGAAAUGGCCAACAGAAUGUCACUAUUCUAUGCCCCCGCUACACCAAUGUUAAAGGUACUGAGCGAGGCGACCACUAAAUUUGUGUCCACCCACAAAGAACUGCCAGUGGAAAACACCACCGAUUGUCUGAGUACAAUGGCCAAUAUCUGUAGGGUUAUGAUUGAAACUCCGGAGUAUGUAGCUAGAUUCCAAAACAGUGAAACCAAAUUAUUUUGUCUACGAGUAAUGGUGGGAGUAAUUAUUCUCUAUGACCAUGUACAUCCUGUGGGAGCAUUUGCCAAAUCAUCAAAUAUAGAUAUCAAAAGUUGUAUCAAAGUACUGAAAGAACAAGAACCAGGAAGAGUGGAGGGCUUGUUAAAUGCCUUAAGAUAUACAACAAAAACAUUAAAUGACGAAACAACGCCAAAAACAAUUAAAGCCAUGCUUGCAGGCUGAGCAAGUGUUUUAUAUGUAGACAAAUCAAUGCUUUACAUUAAUUCACUGCAUAUUUUUCUUGUUUCUGUGUGUGAUUGUGCUACCAAGUGUUGAGACUAAGAAUGCCGUGUUUUGUGGAUGAGUGGCUGGAGUUGUCUUUGCUUACAUGAGAAAAUGGCAGCUGAUGUUUUAAUGUCCGGGAGUUAUGACAACAUGUUACCAUGGAGAAUUGUGAUGUCAUUGUAAGACAAAGAAGAGUGGAUCUACAGAAUACUUUCCUCAUUUAGUCGUAGGCUGCAAUUUGAUGAAUUAUGUUUCCUAAAUUUUGUGGCAGGAUCUAAAGAAUCAAAAUAAUAGGGAUUUGUUUUGUUUUUUUUACAUAAAAAAUUCUUAGUGUCUGUUAAAAUCUUAUGCUUUUUCAUAAAUUUUUAGCACCUGCAUGCUUUCCCCUUAUUCUUAAAAUUAGUGAAUGUUGAUUUGAUACCGGUUUAUCAAUUCAUGUAUGAACUUGCAUCCACUGUUCAAAUAGGAGCAGUUCUAAAUAAAAGUGCUAUUUUUUCAAUGUUGAAUACACUGUAGUAUUUUUUUCCUUU